AUGGGAGGAAGCUGGCUCCCUAUGCAGAGAUUUCCCUUUUACCUUGCUCUCAGUCUUCUGCUUCAAGGAUGGGGCAGCGCUUAUACCAUCAACUGCUCAGGGUUUGGCCAGCAUGGGUUGGAUCCAACUGAUGUGCAUCCUGUGUUUGUUAGAAAGGCUUUGCCCAUCAUCACCUUCACUAACCCCGUCCAAGUCAACAUCUCCUUCACCAUAACUGCCAUCCUAGAUGUGGAUGAACAACUACAGCUCAUGUCAUCAUUCCUGUGGCUGGAAAUGGUCUGGGAUAAUCCAUUGAUGAGCUGGAACCCAGAGGAAUGUGAAGGCAUCACAAAAAUCAGUAUGGCAACCAAGAACCUGUGGCUCCCAGACAUUUUCAUCGUUGAACUCAUGGAUGUAGAUAAGACCCCAGAAGACCUCACUGCAUUUGUAAGUAAUAAAGGCCGCAUUAGGUAUAAGAAACCCAUGAAAGUGGCCAGUAUGUGUAACCUGGACAUCUUCUACUUCCCAUUUGAUCAGCAAAACUGCACACUCACCUUCAGCUCUUUUCUGUACACAGUGGAUAACAUGCUUCUGGGCAUGGAGAAAGAAGCAUGGGAAAUAGUAGAUGCAUCCCGGGAUGAUGUUCAGGCCAAAGGAGAAUGGGAACUUUUGGGCAUCAACAAGGCCACAUCAAAGACAUCCAUGGGCACCAACCUGUAUGAUCAGAUCACGUUCUAUGUGGCCAUCAGACGCAGGCCCAGGCGCUAUGUGGUACAUCUCCUGGUGCCCAGUGGCUUUCUAGUGGCCAUCGAUGCCCUCAGCUUCUACCUACCACCAGAAAAUGAGAAUCGUGCCCCAUUCAAGAUGACUCUCCUAUUGGGCUACAAUGUCUUCCUGCUUAUGAUGAAUGACUUACUCCCUGUCAGUGGCAUCCCUCUCAUCAGUAUCUACUUUGCCUUGUGUCUGUCCCUGAUGGUGGCCAGCCUGCUAGAGACCAUCUUCAUCACCUACCUGCUGCACCUAGCCACCACCCAGCCUCCGCCCAUGCCUCAGGGACUCCACACCCUGCUGUUGCACUGCUCAAGCCCUAGGAGAGGCUGCCCCUCCGGGCCCUGCCAGGGGAACCUGGAUCUGGGGCUCACUUCCACCAACCUGUCUGGCCUGAAAGAGCCAGUAGACCUGGUAAGGGCCAUGCCAAGCUCCAGAGAAGCAGGGCUAAAUGGUUGCCCCGAAUCAGCAAGGGCCCAGCAGGAACUUGCAGCCCAGAAGCAGCACUUGGUGGAGCUGUGGGUGCAAUUCAGCCACCUGAUGGACACCCUACUCUUCCGCCUCUACCUGCUCUUUAUAGCUUCCUUCAUCAUCACAGUCGUCAUCCUCUGGAACACCUAG